GCGGAGAGGCCGAGGAGCGGGGUACAACUCACAGCACCCGCAUUGCUUGCCCAAGGGAGGGGUGGAGGGGCCAUGAGAUUUGUGCCGUCAAGCAUGUGCGGCGCUGACGCUUCUUGUUCACCUUCCAGUGUCCACCUCACAGCGUCGAACUGAAAGAGGCAUUGCACCAACACAUGAUGAUGCCACAAUGACAGACAGACAGACAGACAGACAGAUAGAUAGACAGCCAGCAAGACCAAGACGAAGAAGUAGCAGAAGUAGAAGAAGAAGAAGCAGAAGCACUUGAGCUAUACAAAGGAGGAUGAAGAAUUCAACUCCUAGAACCAGUGAGUGGAUUGGAAGGAUUUUGCACCCCUGGUGCAUAAUCUACCAAGCUCAAUGUGGAAAUUGUUGGUUAACAUGUGGAUGGUUUGGGCAGAUGUCCAACACUGGAUCUAGACUUUUUGUGGUUGUACCACAUGAGCUGAAAAGAAAAGAAAAGAAAAGACAAGAAAAAUAAUUAUUUGCGAAAUUGCAUCGAAAUAGCAAGGCUGGGUUCGGCUUUGAUCAGCAUGUGUGACCUCUGGUCAUGCGUGCAAUUAGAGGCACCAGUGUCCGAAUGGGAAUGUGGGCGAGGUUGCAUUAGCGCCGAAAAUGGUGUGGGGGGGUCGCUCCAUAUACGAGACAGUGCUCACGAUUUGAAGCAUCGGUUAGUGGGUUUUCUUGGCUAGUGACUGCAAGCAUCUGGUCGAAGUGUGAGGGCUAAAACUGUUAUUGCUGGGGCCGACUUGAAGCAGAGUCGUUGAGAAUUGCUGAAAUCAGCGCUGUGCUUGUAAUCAGUUAGACACAGUUGACGCAACAGUGAACCGAACUUUCUGCUCACUUGCAGAAAUAUGUCAGGCCUCGUUUGCCUUUGCCUACCUUAAUGCCCUCCUGAUCAUCUUUCUUGAUGCGCCGUUGAUUUCCUACUCUUGACUGUAACAUUUGAAGUGAAGGCUUUCGUCAUCUCUCUUAUCAAAGCUCUGCAAAUUUUUCAAGUACAAGAACAAUUUGACAAGGACGUGGAAGCUGCUGGCACCAUAACUGCAAGAGAGAAAAAACCCAGUAUUCCUCAUUGUUGUGUACCGCAUCUUAAUAUUGGUGUCGCUGCAGGGUACUGGUUGAAAGAUGCCCUCCCUGGCGCAGUGUUUCGUACUGACAAUAAACUCUUGGCAGUAAGUGAGGAAUGACUUCACGGUAGAGGAAUCUGCUUCCAGCUUCAGAGAUUGAUGUGGAUUCAAUCUCCACUCUGCCCAUAUCAAAUCAAAGCAGAGUGUGUGUUGAGAUCAUCUCUUUCUUGAAGAUAAUUAGGUGCGUGUCUAAUGAUGCCAAUUUUACCAUGUUGAUGUUUUUACUUGGAACUUCUAUCCUUAAUGUCCUCUUUCUGCCGUGAGCUCUGUUCUAUAUACUUGUGCAGGAGUUACUUUGUCUGAAGACAGGAGACAGAAGCCCCAAAAGGACCAGGUUUAGAAGCUUUGACUUCGUUCAUUGAAUGUUGAUGAUGGAGCUUUCAGGUUAACGUUUUGCUGCAGCAAUUUUCCAGCAAGAACUUGAUGGAAGAAGAUUAAUAUCCCUUUAAUGGCGUGGCUCAUUAUAAUGGCUUAGGUAGUUGGAGAACUUUUGGGUGGCUAUACACUUGUGACGGCUUGGUUGACCACAUUAGCUUCUGUUCAGAGUGUCUCUUGUAAUAGAUUUUACUGCGCCGAAUGGUAACCUAGCACUACAAUAAAGGAGAGUAUGUGGACGCAGGAUUGGAAGACUUGCUCCCAGCAAGUAACGCACUAGGUUUAGUAUUUGCGCUUGUUCUCCUCUACUUCGUUUUUACUUUAUACUUUCAUAUUCUCGGCCAGUCUUCGAAAGAGUGCGUGCAAGUUCCAAACCUGGACAGACUGCUCCACAUUGAUCCACAGAAGCCAAUGCGUCUGCCGUUGCACAGAAAUUUCCCAGCUUGGGGGAAGUUCCCAGAUCUAUUCCAAUCCUGCGUCCACAUACUCUCCUUUAUUGGUCCAUGGUGAGUGUUGAUCUGGACCCUCUAGAGACGGAAUUUCAGCGGCUUGAAUCAAUGUGCGCAAGGAACAGUCGCAGGAUCAGUUAAUGCACGGUCACCCAUCGACGAAUUUGUGCAGGUCGACCAUAGAUUUGAACACGCAUCUAUCCUCAUCGGACAAGCCACUGGUGCCGUUGCCACCAAGACCUCCGUUUCGAUGUGAAAUGGGCACGAUUUGCUGAGAGCCAUCGAAAUUCUUUUGCAACAGACUCGCGAAUUGUCUUCGAAACAGCAAUUUCCGCUGCUAUUUUUGCCAUGCUUGCCAUAGAACCCCUAAACAACUAAUCUAUUUUAAAUCUAUCAUCAAUCACAAAAUACACUUCAUCUAAUUUUAUAUUUCAAUUCUUCAUUAUUAGUUUCUGGUUAGCAAUAAAACUUGAGUAUAAACGUAUCAAUUCCUUAGACCUAGUUCCGUUCUUUUUUCUUAUCUCCUCGCAAUAGUUAAAUAACAAAAGCGAUCAAGUUGUGGCACAAUGAGUGAAGAAAAAGUUACUCUAAAAUAAAGGGACGAGUCGACUUUUUGCUGCUCAGUGGCCAAGUGUUGGCUUGUGCAAUUUUCGAAGUGUUCAGGCCUGGGCGGUUUGAAUGGACAAGUGUUCAAAGCGAAGCAGCUGCGAUGCAUUGUGUCAACCUUAGCAUGCAGAUAUGGUGGUAUCACAUUCAAGGUGUUCACAAGAGUUCUGUGUUCAUAUGGCAAUGGCGUCGGUCUCAACCGUUUGGAUUAUAUCUGAAGGCUUUGAGUGUAGGUGUCAUGAUUCAUCGUGAUGUUUAUCUGCUGUUUUCUUCUGUAAAUUGAUUGAUUGAUAGUCCCGUUGCGAAAGCUUUUGCGAGUGAGUUUCUGUGAGAAAUGUGUUGUAGUUGCGAUUUUUUUUUUUUUUUUUUUUUUUUUUUUCAUUUUAUUGUAUUGAACUACGAAGCAUUAAUUCGUAGUUCGCGUUGGAGAUGAUUCCACAGCACAGUAUGAUUGAUUUUCUGUGCUGAGAGCCGUGGUUUUGAAGAGCUCGAGUCUGGAUUGGUUUUGAGAUUACAUGCUCCAAUUCAAUACUCUCGGAAUAAGAUUGUGAGGAAAUAAUUCGGUUUCUUUUGGUGCUUAUAACAUUCUCUCCUGAAGGUGGUAGCAGUGUUAUAAGAUGCCAGAAAAUGGGAGAAAUAGAAAGGAAAUUAUUCUACAUGGUGAUGACAACAAGGAUACAAAAAUUAUUAUUGAAGACGAUGUCAAGCCGAAGCAGAUCGUCGUUUAAGAGACGGGUAAGGCGGAUAGAAUUAUUCUAGAUGGAGUUAAUGAUUCUGAGAAGCCGCGUCAGACAAUUGUUUUUCGACGAGGUGGCAGGGACAAGGUGCCUUGGCGGAAGUGGCUGGCCGUCGCGAAAAUGGUCAUAACGGCCAUUCCCUUCGCCGCGGGUGCAGGAUAUCUUGUCUAUCAAAACAGACCACAAGAUCCCAUCUUAGAAGUGAAAGAUAUCAGGCUAACUAGUUUUGAUCUCCACACAAGCACCGAAUCCAUGCUCCUCGCAGUUAUUGAUAUCAAACUCACUCUCGUCAUUAGAAUUGAAAAUCCUAACAUCACCGCCAUUACAUUCGACACCACUAUACUCAACAUUUACUACAAAGGGAGCAUUCUUGGACAGGCUAAGUUGUAUCCAGGAGACCAAGGAUCACGAAGUGCACAAGUCUUGGAGCUCCCUUGCACUAUGAGUGGACUCGAAGCAACGCAUCAUCUCCGGGACCUGUUUUUUGAUGUCACGAGGCGUGUCAUGACUCUAGAUGCUAGAGCUACAAUCCAUGGCAAUCUCGUUGUUAUGGGAUACAGACAUUAUUUUGAGGUAUAUGUAAAAAGCCGAAUCGACGUGGAUCCCCUCUUUCUUGAUGUCAUUGGUCAAGACCACAGAGCAGACAUAAAAAUUGCCCGUGUUAGUGUGGCCAAAUUGAUGGACAAAUGACGCAAUUAUGUCCUGACAAUGUGUUCAUCGAUUUGCCCCAUUUCCGGAGCCUCCAGUCUUAGACAAGUUCGUAGAAUUGUAGUACAAAAGAAUCAAACUGGUGCUGAUCGGAAAGAAGCACAACAAUGGUGGAAUUGUUCUGGAUAUGGAACAUCUCAUUUUGCAAUAACAUUCUCAACAUCGCUGCAAAAGCUGAGCAUGGUUGUUGGAUGCGAA